GUGAGCCUCAGCAGCUUCCGUCUGCAUCUGGCCGGUGCUGUAAAGCUACCGUGACACGGAGCUGCUGGCACCGCCGCCAUGAGCCGGAGCUACAAUGACGAGCUGCAGUACCUGGACAAGCUCGACAAGAAUUGCUGGCGCAUCAAGAAGGGUUUCGUGCCUAACAUGAACGUGGAGGGCGUCUUCUAUGUCAACGACCCGCUGGAGAAGCUGAUGUUUGAGGAGCUGCGGAACGCCUGCCGCGGCGGCGGUGCUGGUGGUUUCCUGCCUGCCAUGAAACAAAUUGGGAAUGUGGCUGCACUACCUGGCAUUGUCCAUAGAUCCAUUGGGCUUCCCGAUGUCCAUUCUGGCUAUGGGUUUGCUAUUGGCAACAUGGCUGCCUUUGAUAUGAGUGACCCAGAGGCAGUGGUGUCACCAGGUGGUGUUGGUUUUGACAUCAACUGUGGUGUCCGCUUACUGCGUACGAAUCUGGAUGAAUGUGAUGUACAGCCUGUGAAGGAACAGCUUGCUCAGGCCAUGUUUGACCAUAUUCCUGUGGGUGUGGGCUCCAAGGGUGUCAUCCCCAUGAAUGCCAAGGACUUGGAAGAGGCCCUGGAGAUGGGGGUGGACUGGUCUCUUCGGGAAGGAUAUGCUUGGGCAGAGGACAAAGAGCACUGUGAGGAAUAUGGGAGGAUGCUGCAGGCUGAUCCUAAUAAGGUCUCUUCAAGAGCCAAGAAAAGGGGGCUGCCUCAGCUGGGGACUCUGGGAGCAGGGAACCAUUAUGCAGAGAUCCAGGUUGUGGAUGACAUCUAUAAUGAGUAUGCUGCCAGGAAGAUGGGCAUUGACCACAAGGGACAAGUGUGUGUAAUGAUUCACAGUGGCAGCAGAGGCCUGGGCCACCAAGUUGCUACAGAUGCAUUGGUGGCCAUGGAGAAAGCUAUGAAACGAGACAAGAUCAUAGUGAAUGAUCGCCAGCUGGCAUGUGCCAGGAUUGCUUCUCCAGAGGGACAGGACUAUUUAAAAGGAAUGGCUGCAGCUGGGAACUACGCAUGGGUUAACCGCUCUUCCAUGACUUUCCUAACUAGACAGGCCUUUGCCAAAGUCUUCAACACGACUCCUGAUGACCUUGACAUGCAUGUGAUUUAUGAUGUGUCACACAACAUUGCCAAAGUGGAGCAACAUGUGGUGGAUGGAAAAGAGCGAACCCUGCUGGUGCAUAGAAAAGGAUCCACUAGAGCUUUCCCCCCUCAUCAUCCUCUCAUUGCUGUUGAUUACCAGCUGACUGGACAGCCUGUGCUGAUUGGUGGGACUAUGGGUACCUGCAGCUAUGUUCUUACUGGUACAGAUCAAGGCAUGACCGAGACCUUUGGAACCACUUGCCAUGGAGCUGGUCGUGCACUAUCCCGAGCCAAAUCCCGACGUAACUUGGACUUCCAGGAUGUGUUAGACAAACUGGCUGACAUGGGCAUUGCCAUUCGUGUUGCUUCUCCCAAACUGGUCAUGGAGGAAGCACCAGAAUCCUAUAAGAAUGUGACGGAUGUGGUGAAUACGUGCCAUGCUGCUGGCAUCAGCAAGAAGGCUAUCAAACUGAGACCUAUUGCUGUUAUUAAAGGAUAGAAACUGACUGUGACAUUGGCAAAAUUGUUGGCAUUACAAGGCCUUCCCCAGAACUGACAAACAUCAACUUCCCAGACCUCUCGACAACAGAGUGCUCGCAUACUGUGCUCCCUUUCUUUGGAAAUGCAGGCAGACGAGAACACUGCUAGUCUUACCCAGACUCUUAAAACUAACUCUCUUGUUGCUGGAUGCACUUUACCCCUGGCGAGGGGGUAAACAAAACAUUCUGUUGUUCUGUGUGCAAUGGUCCCACAAACAUGCAUGAAAUUCCAUUAGCAGAACUGCAGAUCUCACUGGGGCAGACUGUCCAUAGUUAGCCUGCAGACUUCAGUAAGUACGCCCUCUGUCAGAAGAAGUAGUAUGUGAACUCUGUUCUCUUAGCCUUAUUGGCUUUGGAAUUUCCAGGCACCACUUCUACCAUAUGAUCCACAGAACUUCUUGCAAUGAAAGGAUGUUCUGGUUUCAGAAGCUGGUCUGCAUUGUGCUGUAUGCAGCAUGCUGGUACCUGGCUAGUAAAUGAUUGAAGAGGAGGGAGUAGUCUAGCCACUCCUUUCUUUUGAGGCUGACUGGCUAACAAGGGGUCAGACACAGCAUCCUUUGUUUUCCAGCUAAAACUUUAGCCCAUGUAUACUGACUUGAUGUUGGCAGGUGUUGCAUAAGUUUCAUGGAAAUACUAGUGUUGGGUAUGUUAGGUUUUAUAUUACCCAUGGAUGUUAUGACUUCACUAACAGGUGUACUUGGCAUAAGCCUCAGAGGCCCACCUCUGUAGGAGGUGGAUGUGCUAGGUCAGCCUUCUGUCCUCCUUGACCUGCAGAUCCAAAUGCAGGUUCAGGGCUGAAUAUCAGUAAUAUAAUUUCAGACUGACCAAUUAGCCAAUUUGUUUUCAUUUAUGUUUAGUAAUUAUGGGAGUUGAAGGGCAGGUCACCAAGACUGGUGAGUGUCUGGGGAAUUUACAAAUAAAAUGGGAAGAUGGUGAC